AUGGCAACACUACAAGAAAUUUUAAAUAACAAAUAUUCAAGUAAUAAAGGAACGGAGGAAAUUAGACUUGAAAAUCAAGGAAGCCCAACAGGAGCAUUAGACUUAAAAGAAUAUGUUAAUUUAAAACAAUUACACCUUUUUGGAAAUGGAAUAGACAGCGAAAAUUAUUUAAAGAUUAUUCAGAGCAUACCCAACAAAGACAAAAUAAUUCAGUUUGGGCUUGGGGGCAAUAAAAUCUCUGACCCUAGAUUUGAUUAUGUUGGUGCUAAUUUUCCUAAUUUAGAGUGGUUAAGUAUAGGAAAUAUUUCUGACGACACGAGCAUGAAAGGAUUAGAGAAAUUAAAAAAGUUAAAGGAGCUAUAUGUGGGAGCCGGAGAAAAGAAGUUUAAAGACAUGGAAUAUUUACCAAUUUCUUUAACUUCUUAUAAUGAUGUUAAAACUGAGGGAGAUUUUUUUAAAGGAUUAAAAACCGAAGCAUAUAAAAGAGAAGCAACCGCCAGGAAACCCUACACCGAAUUAAACAAAUAUUUAGUAGAUAAUUAUGGCAAAAUUGUAAAUGACCCAUUUUUAUUAACUUUUAAAGAUACCCGAACAUUAGAGGAAAAAAUAACAGCCUUAGAAAAAGGUAAAGCAGAUUUAGCCACCGAAAGAGAUACUUUAAAAACUGAUAAUGCCAAAAAAGAUACUGCUCUUGCUGAAAAAGACAAUACUAUUAGUAAUUUAAAUCAACAAAUAGCUAAAGCAACCACUGUUGAUGAGGAGAAAUUAAAACUUUUACAAAAUGAGUUAACUAAAAAAAACGAAUUAAUUGCUCAACUUAACCAGUAUAAAGAGGAAAUUCUAAAAACUAAACGAGUAAAUGUUAAAAAAGAAUUAACUCUUUUUUAUCAAAGAAUUGGACUUGACGAUGAUCCUCUUAAAAAGAAAUACAAUGGAGAUUUCAUUUCUAUCAUUAACGAAAAGCUGACUUUAGAUAAUGAAGAAAAUAUGAAAAAAGCCUUUAAAGUAGUGGCUUGUAUUUGUGCUACAGAAAAGGCCCAGGAUAAAGAAAAUAACUCUUUUUACUUAGACAUUAUUGCUAAGCGGCAAGAAUAUAAAAAAGAGUUUGAUGGUUUAAUAGGUAAAUAUAAACAAACUAAGAAAACUAUUGAGGUCAGAGGACUUACCGGACAGUCGACAGUUUCGCUAAGUGCUAAGGAUUUGGCAGAAGAAAGAACCAUUUUUCAAAUUUCGAAAAAAGAGGGAAUUAAGGAAAAAUUCAAAGGAUAUUUAGAUUUAUUAAAAAAAGAAUACCCUGGCACCAAGGAGGCAAUCGAAAAGAUUGAGAAUGAACAAGAAGUUAAGGAAAACUUCGAAAAUUACUCGGAUGGAACUAACACUGAGGAUUGA